GCUUCGACACCCGUUGCACCGCAAACAAGGUCUUCCAUCUCGCCGCCAUGUGCAAGCAAGACCCGGACACUUCCAAACUCAACCUGGGCGUUGGUGCCUUUCGCGACGAUGCCGGCAAGCCCCACGUCAUGACCAUUGUUAAAGAAGUCGAGGAAGAAAUGGCGCGUGAAGUCGCCGCGGAUACCCUCAACCACGAAUACCCUCCCAUGGGUGGCUCGCAAGAUCUUGUCAUGGCCGCUGCGCGGCUCGCUCUCGGCAAUGACUCGUCGCGCAUCGCCCACGAACACGUGACUGGUGUCCAAGCCCUCUCUGGUACUGGUGCUCUCCGCCUGAACGGUGAAUUCCUCAAUCUCUUCCAUGCUAACAAGACAAUCUACAUUCCCGACCCGACAUGGGGCAAUCACAAGCCCAUCUUUGCCGAGUCGGGCCUCAAUGUCAAGACAUACCGCUAUUUCGAUGAGGGCACUCUCGGUCUCGACAUCACGGGCUUGCUCGAGGAUUUGGCUGCGGCGCCCAAGGAGUCAAUCAUCCUGUUGCAUGCCGUGGCUCACAACCCCACGGGUGUCGACCCGACUGAAGAGCAGUGGGGCAUGAUUGCUGAUGCUAUUGUGGCCAACGACCACCUCGCCGUCUUUGACUGCGCCUACCUGGGUUUUGUCUCGGGGGACAUUGACACCGACGCCAUGGCCAUGCGCUUGUUUGCGAAUCGUGGCCUCUCCUUCUUCAUUUGCAUGUCCUUCAGCAAAAACUUUGGCAUCUACAGCGAGCGCUGUGGCGUCACUCUCUACGUCGGCGCCAACCCCGACGAGGCCGACGCCGUCGUGUCCCAGCUCAAGGUCAUUGGCCGCCCCAUGUGGUCGGUCCCGCCCAUGCACGGUGCCCAUAUUGUCCAGCGCAUUCUUCUUGACGAGGGCCGCACGGCCAAGUGGCGCUAUGAACUCAAGGAGCAAGCCCGUCGCAUCCUUCGCAUGCGUCGCGAGCUCUACGAAGGCCUCAAGGCCCGUGACCCCGCCCACAAUUGGGACCACAUUAUCAACCAAAGUGGCAUGUUCACUUUCACCGGCCUCUCAAAGGAGCAAUGCGAUGAGCUCAUCCAGGUUCACCACGUCUACCUCCUUGACAAUGGGCGCAUCAACGUCUCUGGUAUUCCCGCGGACCGCGUGGACGACCUGGUCGAUGCCAUUUGCGCCGUCGUGCAGCCUGCCCCCGAUGCUGUGUCGGUCUGCUCCCUGGACAUGGAUUCUGAGGAGUCACCCAGUGCCAGCGUAUCAGACUAAACGACCCCGUUGUACGGGAGUGCCUUGGGCUUCCGAUGACGACACGCCACUCCGGCGACCUUUGUUCUCCCGUCUUUUGUGUUUGUGUCCUGUGCCUGACCUGAUUGUUUAUACGAUUCCCACGCCCCGUUCUUCUUCUGCACCUGAUUGUCACAUGGACUUGUGAGAAAGUCCUUAUGUUGAUUGUGUCAUCUUCGUGCGGGCGCGCACCCUGUUUGUUCGUGUCGUCCCCGCGCCUCGCCCUGUGUGUCCCCUUCACUUGUGCUGUCUUUGAAGGCAUGUCUGCAAUGCCCAUUGUUGGGUCUUCGGCUUGUCUUUACGUGUCAUCCCCCUUUCUCGUUUGGGUGCGGGAUUUUCACAAUUUAAUCUUAUCGAUUGCUGUUUCUUGACCCCACCGGGCUGCGACGUCAUGAUUGCCCGUGCCACUCAUGGACGUCCCUCUGAUGCCCGCGUAUGUAGUGUGACUCCCGAAUUGAAAUUUCUAAUGCG